UCGAUUGACCUAUAGUGCCAUCACUUUUACGGCAGCGUUUUUCGUAAAAGAUUGUUUUGAUUUUAAAAUAUUAAAAAACUCUUAGAUCCAAGCCCGUUGGAAAUGGGCUCAAAGCGCCGCAACAUCGAGGACGAGUUGUCUCGAUUUGAGGCGGAGAUCUCUAAGCCGCCCGCCCGUAAUCUUUUCGUGCCCAACCAGGUGCGCCCGAUUAUCGCGGCCAACACUUACCAUAACGUGCAGCACAAGUUGCAACACCAGGGAAAUGGAGGAUCGCGUCUUACCGUGCCACCACCUCCGAUCCCGCCGCCACCCACCUUCAUGUCCACCUUCGUGCCCACAGGCAGUGGCAGCGGCUCCUCAUCCAGCGCCAGCAAACCGAUCUCCGCGACACCGGUAGUCCUGAGCAGCGCCCCCAAACUGUACCAGUGCAGACAGUCCGUGCACGUGCCCACCGUGGCCGCUGCACCCUCAAUAGACAUCAACGCUGUCUCCUUUGACGUCACACAGAAGCUGAAAAAGCUUAAGGCGGAAAAGUCCGGCCCGAAUCCCAUUGCCGAGGAAGCCAUCAAGGCGGCGCGCGCCUCUUCAGCUCUGCAAUCUUUUCAGACGACGGAGCGCAAGAAAAAGGACCGCAAGACAGUGCGUAUCGCCGGCGGCAGCGUGUGGGAGGACUCUUCGCUGGCUGAUUGGCCCGACGAUGACUUCCGCAUCUUCUGUGGCGACCUGGGAAACGACGUGAACGACGAGGUGUUGACCCGGACCUUUAACAAGUUCCCCUCGUUCCAGCGGGCACGCGUGGUGCGCGACAAGCGAACGGGCAAGAGCAAGGGGUUCGGCUUCGUGAGCUUCCGGGAACCGGCCGACUUUAUUCGGGCCAUGAAAGAGAUGGACGGACGCUAUGUGGGCAGUCGGCCUAUUAAGUUGCGCAAGAGCACUUGGCGACAGCGAAGCCUGGACGUGGUCAAAAAGAAGGAACGCGAAAAGCAGGUGCUUCUGCAGGCUUUCAACUCCAUGAACUGAACACCCGCGAGAGCUUUCUACUCUCUUUUAGGCUAGUUUCGGUCACUUUAAAGUAGCAAAUUAUUUUUGGAUGUUGCUGCCAAAGAUGAGCAAUAAAUUUAAGUUUAGCAAUUGA